CAAAUGGUAGGUGAACUGCUAAACUGCUGCUUACCUUAUCGUUACUGAACUUUGCCUUUUGUUGCUGUCCUCUGCCUGUUCCUGACCAUUCUUCUGGCUUACCCCUGAACUGCUGGAUUGCCAUUCUGUUGCGAACUCUGCCUGUCUCUGACCAUUCUACUGGUUAACCCCUGAACUGCUGGAUUGCCUUUCUGUUGCCGAACUCUGCCUGUCUCUGACUAUUCUACUGGUUAAUCUGAACUGCUGGAUUACCUAUCUGUUGCCGAACUCUGCCUGUCUCUGACUAUUCUCUGCCUUAACCUUAUUACCGUGAAGGACUACCCUGUCUAUCAAAUGGCCCUGGCUGGUGUACGUGUGCUAGAACUUGCUGGUCUUGCUCCUGCGCCCUUCUGUGGAAUGAUAUUGGCGGAUUUUGGUGCUAAAGUUCUACGUGUGGAUAAAACAAAAAGUUCCACAAUAGACACUAUGGGAAGAGGCAAAAAAUCCAUAGCUUUAAACCUGAAAAGCCAAGAAGGAGUUGGACUUUUUAAAAAGCUGUGUAAGAAUUCUGACGUCCUUAUUGAGCCUUUCCGCCAAGGUGUGAUGGAAAAUCUGGGACUCGGUCCAGAGGUGCUGCUUAAAGAGAACCCGAGACUCAUAUAUGCAAGACUGACAGGAUAUGGUCAAUCAGGGAAAUACGCCAAAUCAGCCGGACAUGACAUUAAUUAUGUCAGCUUAACAGGUUUACUCUCAAAGCUUGGAAGAAAAGAUGAGAAUCCAACGGCUCCUCUUAACUUGCUAGCGGACUUUGGAGGUGGUGGUCUUAUGUGUGCUUUGGGGAUUGUUUUGUCCUUGUAUGAACGUACAAAGUCUGGAAGAGGGCAAGUGAUUGAUGCAAGUAUGGUUGAAGGAGCAGCAUAUCUUGCAUCUUUUGUUUGGAAGUCAGAAAAAUUGGGCUUAUGGAGUAGACCUCGUGGAGAGAAUUUAUUAGACGGUGGAUCCCCAUUCUACAGUACAUAUAUGACUUCUGAUGGGAAAUACAUGGCAGUGGGCGCACUUGAACCCCAGUUUUAUGUGCAGCUCUUAAAGGGUCUUGAACUCAGUACUUCAGAUGUUCCCCAUCAGUUGAGUUUCUCAGACUGGCCUGAAAUGCGAAAGAUCUUUGAAGAAAAAUUCAGAGAGAAAUCACAGUCAGAGUGGUGCCAAAUUUUUGAUGGUAUAGAUGCAUGUGUAACUCCUGUCCUUUCCUUUGAUGAUAUAACUAUGCACGGUCAUAACAAAGAACGUGAAUCUUUUAUGUCCAACAACGAAGGAGAAAUAAGCCCAAGGCCUGCUCCUGUUCUAUCAAGAACACCAGCAAAUCCUAGCCCCAACAGGGAUCCUUUAGUUGGUGAACACACUGAUGAAGUGCUGACAGAGUAUGGCUUCAGUAGACAAGAAAUCUCUGAUCUUAAAGCUGCUGCAGUCAUUGAAUGCCAUAGCCCUAAAGCUAAUCUAUAGUGUGCAAUGGCAUAACGAUUCAUUAUUUAGUUCCAAAUUGUGUCAUGCAAAGGCUGAACUGCAUUUACAUUUUUGUAAUUUUGUUUUUUUUGCUAUAAUAUCCAGUAUAAUAUUUUGUAAUUUCCCAAAAACAUGUCACUUCACUUUGUACAAAUUAUAUGUUUAAAUAAAUUAAUAAAUUAUGUUUUUAAAAUAUGUUAAAUAAAAAUCAUUUGUAUCUCUAAA